CCAAUCGCGAAGCAGUAGGCGCCAAAUCGAAUCAAAUCAUAUACCUUGAAGAAGGGAAGCGGCGCGGCGUGUUUUCUUCAGUCUGCUAGUUAUUGUGGAGGAUCCUGGUGGUGUACAGCUACGUUGAACAACCGCUGCAAGGCCACAUUAUGGAGACCGUCACAAUUUCACGACGAAACCACCCCAAUAAGAAAGGAAAUAAGGAGAACACUCAGUCUCCAAGUGGAGCAAAGUCCUUUAUUAAAACGGGCAACACAUCAGUUGUGCCUUUUCAACUCAGGGGCAACGAAAAAGAGGAUACAUUAAACAAAAAUGAUCGUUUUAAAGGAAAAGGUAAACAGAUGGAUAGGAAGCCAGUGUCUGGAGAGGCUCAAAGAAAGUUGCAGAGAGAUGCUAAAGGAGUCUCUGCACAAAUCAAAGGACAAACACACAAAUCCACUGAGGCUGAAGCUCCAAAGCGACCAGCUCCUGUGCCAUCCUCAAAAUCUGCACUAGGGAUGUAUAAAGGCAGGAUUGUUCAGUCAAAAAUUGGGUCUAUUUGGAAGUCAGGUGAUCCUCUGAGUGCAGCUGUUUCUAAACCACCAGCACCCAAACCAGAGAGUGAAAAGGUCAGAGACUUGGCUACAAAGAACAGGUCCAAAUCUGUUGCUGAGGUGUCCAGGCAAGUCACUAAAAGACCAGUGCCGAUGAGGUCCAAGUCCGUUUCUGAUAAAGCCCAUCAGAUGACCAGGUCUUCUGUCGGUAGCUGUCGUCCUGCUGGAACCUGCUCCUCGCGCCCUCCUGUCAGAACCCUCACAGCGACUCUACAAACUGCUACAUCCAGAAUCACUACAAUGGCUCCCAUUAAGCCAGGGAGCAAUCAGAACCCAAAGCCAAAGAUUCCAGUGACUGACAAGAAAGCUAGUAAACCUGUGGUCUCAAGCACACUCAGUCAGUUCAGAGUUACCAUGGAGACAGUAGAAGAAAAACGAGCAAAACUGGCUGAGUGGCUGGCCUCCAAGGGCAAGACCCUUAAAAGACCUGCCAUGACAACAAUGGUACCUCCAAAAACAAAGGAUUCUGGAAAGGUCAAAGUGGAUCCAAAGGUUUCAGGCAAUAUUGAGGCAGAGCUUGCUCCUCAGUGUAAAGUUGAACCUGACCCAAGCCUGAAGGUACACGACCUGGACCAUGAAAUCCGUGCUGUCUCUGCGAAAGCCCAGAAAGAAGAAAUUAGACCACAGGGCCAUUCUCCAGGGAUCAUGAACACAACACUGGAUCUGCUGGACGACUCUGAGACAGAUCUGACUGAGCCUCAGGGCAGAGUGGAUGAUGUUGUUGUGAACCUUUGUGAUGCCCUGGAAGCCAUGGUGACUCCAUCCAGAAGCAGUGAUUAUGUUGAUUCACAAUGCAACCAACCAGAUGAAUAUAGACACGAAGAGCAGAAGGAUGAGCAGGUUCAGGCUGAGCCGAUCAAAGAGGAAUCGGAAGUGACUGAUCAGAAAGUAAAGCAAGAAGAUGUGGAGGAAAGUGAUAGUGCUGAAGAUGUUGAAAGUGAUGAUGAUGUAAUGGAGACACCACAAACUGAUGCUUCAAUAAUCAAAUACAGUUUGAAGACUACUCCAUACUUGCAAAGUGUCAAGAAAACCAUUGAAAAAGAGGUCAGCACGAGCACGUUGAGGAGAAAAAGCAACAUCAAAGACCUCAAGUUUCUGACCCCAGUGCGCCGUUCCAGCCGCAUCCAUCAAAACUCCUCCCACCUGCCCUCAAUGCUCACUGAUCACGAUCCGUGCGUGUCGUCCCUGGCUGAGCUGGUGAAGCUGGAUGAUGAUCCUAACGCAUACAUCUACAGGAAGAACCCUGCACUGCUGCGGGAGCUGCCAGACCACAAUGCAUUUUAACUAUUUAGUUUCCUACCUAAGAUGUGAAGGACUUAAGCUUUUGCACAUUUAUGACUAUUUUGUUUUACUAACCUAAAGCAUCUGUAUGAAACCAUUUUCUACCGUUAUGGGACUUUCAGUUUUAAAGCAUAAAAUGACAUCCAAUGUUAAA